AUGGACGAAGGUGAUAAUGAAAAAGAAAAUGAACAGAAAAGUGCGGAUAAAGACGAGAAAGAGACCCACAUAGAUUAUCGAAUAAGAUGGAUUCGCGAUAGAAUUUUGAAGUUUCUCGGACUGACAAACCAGGAACAUCUUUUUGACGAACUUAUUAACAAAAUCUUGUUGGUAUAUAAUUUCGAUAUACGGCAAUUGCCUGUGACUUCAGGUCAGCGCGCAAAAAUAACAGCGUUAACAGCAUUCACUUCAAAGAGCAGAACGCAGAGAUUAAAGAGCGCUUCUGAGAAACUCGAGGAUGACAAGAAAAAAGACAAAAAAGCAAAGAAAACUAAGAAAGGCAAAGCCAAAGAUAAAGUGGAUAUCAGUCCAUCUGAUACCAGCGUGAGCACAAGCACACUGCAUGGUCCAGAAUCAAGUGAGGAGGAAGAAGAAGAAGUCGAAGAUGACGAAGGUGGCGAGGAUGGCAGUGGCGAUUUUUCUACUUACUCUAAAAAAAAGGGAGAGACGAAAACCGCGCCUACCGAUAGUUCCGAUUUUGUCCCGCCGCCUGGAGAAGAGGAUAAAUAUGUCCUCACCAAGAAAAUGGUGGAGAAAGUUCGCAAGGUGCCGAAGCUUCACAUGAUAUGCGGUCAGAUAGACAGCAGCAGAACCGACCUACAAGAUGUCACGUUCUUCUAUUUUAUGCGCACGAGCGACGAAGGUAUACCUUCCUUCGAUACAUACGAAGAGUGCCUCGGUGAGAUCACGGGUUACGUGGUGGUCGGCUCGCUAGGCCAUAGAUUCCUGCCGUCUUUGGACAGAAUACUGAUCGACGUAUUUAAACCAUUGGUGGAAAAUCAAUUCAGAGGGCCCGAAUUUUCCGAAUUACGGAAGAAAACGGAUGAUGACAUAGAUGCAGCGAGUAUCGAGAGGGCAACACCUACGUCAACGGGUGUCGAAUCUCAGAAUUCAAGACUGAAAAAACCAUCCGCUUUCCGAAAAGGAAAGCUCGAAAACGACGAAGAAGGCAUUACAACUCCCAAGAGCAUUUUACAAGAUGAGGAUUCAACAAGUAGAAGACCAAAAUCAAGUAGAAAAUCUGCAGAAUCAAAAUCCAGCAGGUCGUCUAGUUCGAGGGAGAUGAGACAACAACCAAUAAUCGAACAAAGCAAGAAGGAUAUUUUAUAUUAUCUUGACAAUCUGAUCGAGAGCGUAACAUGGACGUUGGAACAUAUCGAAGGCGAUAUCUUAUUGACGAUGCCGCAAAUUCCAGAGUUAAACGAUCCUGCGAUAACAGACGAAAUGCUAAUAAAAAAUAAAGAUAUUGUCGAACAAAUGGAACAAGUAGUCAUGUCGUGGGAGAAACAUAUACAAAAGGUGUUAGAGUCGUACGCGCAUAAAGUGAUGCCGGAAAAAGGACCACUAGCUGAAUAUCAGUACUGGCAGAAAUGUGAGAUUGGAUUAACAAUGUUGGUUGAACAAUUAAAAAUGCCCGAUGUUAAGAGGAUACUCGGUCUUUUAGAACAGAUAUUUUCGCCAAUCGCUACAAGCUUUCAGUAUUUCCAGACGGAACUUUGGAAGCACUACGUUGAAGCCAGAGAUAACAAUAAAUUCAUUCAAACGCUGUUAAGAUACUUUAAGUUGAUUGCCGAAUCGGAUUCAUUCAAAUCUAUAGCGGAGUGUAUACCUUCGUUGAUGGAAGGACUGCGAAUGCUCUGGGUGUUAUCGAGUUACUAUUGCCACGAGGAGAAAAUGUUGAUGUUGAUGGACCGAAUAUCGUGGGAUCUUUGCCAAAACGUUAGAAGAAAUCUAGCAAUCGUGCUAUUGUUCAAGAAGCCACUAGAAGUGAUUUUAGACAAAACAAACGCAGCCAGCGCGAUGCUGAAACAAUGGAAGCAAUCGUACUUGAAAACCAGACUGGACAUUGAAUCAUCGGGAAAGGGAACACGCUGGGAAUUUGAUCAGAAACAUCUCUUUCAAGAAACAGAGUAUAUUGCCGAGGUGUGCAGCGAUCUGCACAAGGUCGCCGACGUACUUCAAGACUUUUACAACAUCUUCGGCUCCGAUUUGAAGUCCAUCAUAAACGAUCCGGCGCAGAUCGACGCCGUGGUGAAGCGCGUAGACGCGCUAGUGGUGCCGAUUGAAGAGGCCGACUUUGACAUCUUUAACGUGUUUAACAAGGAGAACUGGGAGGCCAUGACCACGUGGUUCUACGAGGAGGUGUCGUAUCUGGAGGACCAAGCAAAGUUCUACAUUGACGAGUGCUUCACGGUGUUGAUCAGCGCUGAGGACGCGCUGGAGAUGCUGCUAAAGUUCAAGAAUAUCAAAACUCGCAUGGCCAUCCAGCGGUUGCUGCUCCGCAAGUUCGACUUGAUCAUGCAACAGUUUAGCAAGGAGAUCAGCAUGGUGGAAUAUACAUUUAACCGUGGCAAACGCUCGCCGCCGUUGCUGACGUAUCAUCCGCCGAUGGCGGGCGCGAUCUUCUGGGUGAGACAGCUGUUCCAUCGACUUCGCAGGCCGGUGCUGAUCUUCCAGGAAGUGCGCGAGUUAAAGCACAGCGAACUGAAGCUGCUCGCGUUCAGCCAGUAUUUCGAUAUCGCGAAGCAGCUGAAGGAAUUCGAGGAAGCAAAGUACAGCAUGUGGCUCGAUAAAGCGCUGCUGACGGUGACUGCCACCAUGAAGAAGAGCGUGCUGAGGAUGGUGCGCGUCGAACGCGACACACCGGCUACUUUGACCUUCCCGGACGAAGAACAAAUCGCGAAGGACCUUCAGCUGACUCAUCUGCCGCAAAAAAUGAAAAUCAAAGACGCGACCUCCGUCUUAUCGAGUCCGCGAGAAUCUCUAAUGAGACAUGACAUUAUAAUAUCAAAGCCCAGCGUGGAGAUUGAAAGUUUCGGUGACGAAAGUUCCAGGAUCGUUUCGCAAUCGCGCUUGGAAGCAAAACCUGAUAGAUUUUCGCUAAGAGAAUACAAAACUUCCACCGUGUCUUCCGACAAGCACGACACCCGCGCGAAGAUCACUUGGACGGAGUUCAUGAGCGGCGCCAUCUUACUGGAGUGUCAACUGCGCUUUCAGUUGAAUUUCGACUGGGAGAUCUUCGAGGUCAUUCGAGAGGCGGAAUUAAUGGAGCAGCUCGGCUUCGAGCUGCCAGACGCUAUCAGAGACGUCGGUGUUCAGAAGUUUCGAUUGCGAUCGGACAUCGACACCACUGAAAAAAUGGUUAAUCAGUACAACAGUAUCUUGAAUACGUUCGACAAAGCUGAUAUACAACUGUUGAAGCAGACUCUGCUGGAUGUCGAGAAAUAUAUUCAACCCGGAGUAACACGAUUCAACUGGAAUUCAUUGAGCAUCUCAGAUUAUGCAGCGGAUUGUCACAAAAUGCUGAAGAAUCUAAACUCUAUCGUCGAACAAGUUAAUCAAAUGAAAAAGGAGCUCGACAAUCGAAUAAAGUCUGAGCUGCAAUCAUAUAAUCUGUUUUCCACGAAGAAGGAAGUUGCCGAGUCGGAAGUUCUCUUGCCAUGCAAGACAUAUUUUCAGGAGCUAAAAAAUCGAAGGACCGAGCAGGUAUUAUCGAUGUCAAAAGCUUAUCAGUCGAUCAGUCCGAUGCUAGUGAAGCUGGAAAGCUUAGUACUGAGUACUGCAACUGGGAAAAGCCCAGCCAUGCAACUUUUGUACGAAAAAUACGAGAAGAAAAUUUUCGCCGCCUUUAUAAUAUGCAUGGUAAGAAAUAUGGAAGUUUUCAACAAAAUGUUAAAUGAUACUAAGCCAAUAUUCCAAGUAGAAGCGAUAUUAAUAUCGUCCGAAGUAGUAUUACGUCCAUCGCCCACCGAGAUCUAUAGCAUCAUUUGUCACGACGUGCGAGAUCUACUGGAAAGGCUUAAAGAAUUUUCCAGAUGGAUGAAUGGAACUUGCUUGGAAUGUAAACCGCAGAAAAAAGAGUUUUCGGAGGACUUAAUUCCUUUUAGUUUCUUCGAGGACGUGCUAGGCAUCCGAGUAGUUAACGAGCUCGUGAGAAUAGUUCACGACACAGCGCACAAAAUCUCGACGGAUUGCUGGCGAUACUUGCAUAGAUGGAAGAAGUACAGCAAUUUGUGGUCAUUCGAUAAACAACUGGUUUGUGAGAAAUUUGCGGCGACGAAGCCCACACUUUUACAAUAUGAUGAAAAGUUCACGUUUUACGAAAACAUUCUGGAGGAACUAGAAGAUAUGAUGCCUUAUUUCGACAUAUACAGUGUACGGCUCAAUCUGGAGCCGCUUUUGUCAGGCAUCGAACGUCAGGCAAAGGAAUGGAAGCAGGUUUUAGGAAAUUACCUUCUAUCCGACACCGUGCAAGCUAUGAGCGAGCUGAAAAGUCAAAUCGAGAUCUAUCGUCGCGAGACCGAGCUGGUGGUCACCGGAUUGGAUCGCUUCACGUCGAUCAUGCAAGCGAUCACCGACGUGAAAAACAUGGCGAUCCAAGCUGAAGUGCAAUUCCUCUCUUAUCAAGAAUGUUUUCAAAUUAUGCGCACUCACGCGAUCGAGUUUUCCCCGUCGAACGAAGCGAUGGCGUACAAGUUACAACACGAUUGGGAAUCUUUGUAUCUCGGAGCGCUCUACAGAUCUUCGACCUUGGAAAGCACCACCGACCGAUUCCGCGAGAUGACUAAACAUCACAUAGAACAGUUCCUAGACGAAAUUGCGAAGUUUGCCGAAGAUUUCGAGGCGCAUGGUCCCGGAAGCACCGGAGAGAAUUUGGAGCUCGGACUAAAAAAGAUGGAAAAAUAUGGCAAACUAAUCGACAAGCACGAGGAAAAACUCUCGAACCUGAUAAAAUCCGAAAUUCUGUUUAAUCUACCGUCCACCGAUUACUCGAUUUUCCUCAAGAUCAAAACGGAAUACAAGGACAUGGAGAUACUAUACGAUCUUUACAAGAAGCAGAUGAAGGCGCGAGAUGGCUGGGCGAAGACUCUGUGGGUGAACUUGAAUCCCCAACAGCUCAUCGACGGCAUGGAUCACUUUAUGAGGGAAUUCCGACGGCUGCCGAAAUCCAUCAAAAGCAUGAACGUCGGUCACGCCUUGAGCGCCAAUAUGAAAAGCUUCAAGGACUCGGUGCCGCUCUUCAUCGAGCUGAAGAACGAGGCGAUGCGCGAGAGACACUGGCAACAAUUGAUGAAACAGACCGGACAGUACUUUGAUAUGGAUCCGGACAGAUUUACCUUAGAAAAUAUGUUCGCUAUGGAACUAGGAAAGUAUCAAGACAUCGCGCGAGAUAUCGUGACGAAUGCGGUGAAGGAGCUCGCGAUAGAAAGAGGGCUGAAGGAAUUAGCGGAAAUAUGGAACUCUAUGGAAUUCAACGUAAUGAAACAUUACAAAGGUACGCAAGAUCGUGGCUUUAUUCUUGGACCACUUGACGAAUUGAAUGCGAUACUCGAAGACAACAUGUUGACCGUACACAGUAUGGCGGCCUCGCAAUUUAUCGGACCGUUCCUCAACGUCGUUCAGAAAUGGGAGCAAACGAUGCACACGAUCUCGGAAGUUUUGGAGGUGUGGGUGGAUCUUCAGCGAAAGUGGCUAUACCUCGAGGGCAUUUUCGCAAGUGGCGAUAUUCGCCUUCAGUUAGUAGACGAAACGAAGAAAUUUGAUGAUAUCGACAAAGCCUUCAGGAAAAUCAUGACCGACACGUCGAAGAGACUCAAUGUCUUAGAAUGUUGCACGAUUCAUGGCCGAAAAGAGGAAUUUGAAAGCAUGAUAGCGGCUCUCGACAAGUGCCAAAAAUCCUUGACGGAAUAUUUGCGUACUAAACGCGCCAUAUUCCCAAGAUUCAACUUCAUCAGCGACGACGAACUGUUGAGCAUUCUCGGCAGUGGCGAGCCCACCGUCAUCCAGGAACACAUAGGGAAAAUGUUCGACAAUCUCGAUAAAUUCAAACUAACGUCAAACCCAGAUAGAUUGGCGGCAACAGCUCUGAUAUCUUGCGAAAGAGAGAUUAUGGAAUUUAGGAGUCCCAUAAUUACGGAGGAUAACAUCGAAAUAUGGAUGGGUCUCGCUCUCGAGGAAAUGAAAAGAUCUAAUCGAUACCUGACGAAAAAAGCGAUCUACAAUUACGGCAAGGUGCGAAGACCGAGAACAGAGUGGAUACUCGAAUUCCAAGGAAUGAUGGUCCUUGUGGCCAACCAGAUAUGGUGGACCGCAGAAGUCGAGGAUGUAUUCGAUAAGAUAUCUCAAGGAAACAAACGCGCGAUGAAGGAGCAUUUACAACAACUCAACAAUCAAUUGGACGAAGUAGUGAUGCUGAUGGGUAAUGAUACGCUUACAAACAAUGAUAGGAAGAAGAUUGAUAUGAUUCUAACCAUCGACGUGCAUAUCCGCGACAUUAUCGAGGCCUUUGUUAGAGAUAGUAUUACGGAGCCUACAGAAUUUGCAUGGGAGAGCCAAUUAAGAUUUUACUGGGUGCAUGAUCUGGAUAAUGUAUGGAUGAACCAAUGCACAGGCAGUUUCGAAUAUGGCUAUGAAUACAUGGGCCUUAAUGGCAGAUUGGUUAUUACGCCUUUAACGGACAGAAUAUAUCUCACUAUCACGCAAGCCUUAUCGAUGCACUUAGGCGGUCCUGCUGGAACCGGAAAGACUGAGACAGUCAAGGAUUUAGCGAAAGCUCUGGGACUCUUAUGCAUCGUCACCAACUGCGGAGAAGGAAUGGAUUACAUCGCGAUCGGGAAGAUUCUGGGUGGUCUCGCUCAAUGCGGAGCCUGGGGUUGUUUCGACGAGUUUAAUCGCAUCGACAGUUCCGUUCUUUCUGUUAUCUCGACCCAGUUGCAAACUAUACGUUCGGCAUUGCAAAUUAAGACCCAGAGAUUCACGUUUGAAGGUCAAGAUAUCGUGUUGGAUCCGAAAGUGGGGAUCUUUAUCACGAUGAAUCCGGGAUAUGCCGGUCGUACGGAACUUCCGGAAUCCGUCAAGGCCUUCUUCAGGCCGGUGGUCUGCGUAGUGCCGGACAACGAACUGAUCUGCCAGAUCAAGCUCUUCAGUGCCGGUUUUCUGACAGCGAAACUGCUCGCCAAGAAGAUGACGGUUCUCUACAAGCUGGCGAGCGAGCAGCUGAGCAAACAAACGCAUUACGACUUUGGUUUGAGAGCUCUCAAGGCCGUGCUUAACAUGGCCGGGCAACUGAAGAGGACUUCCGGUGAUUUGCCCGAAAAUGUCGUGCUGAUGAGAGCUCUGAGAGACAUGAACUCACCUAAGUUUAUAUACGACGAUGUACCACUCUUCCUAAGUCUAAUCAGGGAUCUCUUUCCCGACUUGGAUUGUCCCCGAGUGCGCUAUCCAGACUUCAACGAAGCGAUUGAAGUGGUAUUGGAACAACACGGCUAUAUUGUUUUACCUGAGCAAGUUGACAAAAUCGUACAGUUAUACGAAGUCAUGAUGACUAGACAUUCGACGAUGGUCAUUGGACCUACCGGCGGCGGUAAAACGGUAGUCAUUGAAACAUUGUGCAAAGCACAGACGCACCUUAAUAAGCCCACGAAACUGUACAUUCUAAAUCCCAAGGCUUGCACUGUCAUCGAAUUGUACGGAACAUUGGAACCUACGACACGCGAUUGGACAGAUGGCCUUUUGAGUAGCAUCUUCCGCGAAAUUAAUCGACCAUUGGAUUCCGAUAAGGACGAACGCAAAUAUAUACUUUUCGACGGUGACGUUGAUGCAUUGUGGAUCGAAAAUAUGAACUCGGUUAUGGAUGACAAUAAAUUACUAACUCUGGCUAAUCAGGAGAGAAUCAAAAUGCAGAAUCAUUGUAGCUUGCUCUUCGAGGUAGGCGAUUUGCAAUACGCCUCGCCUGCUACAGUAUCAAGAGCAGGUAUGGUUUAUGUAGACCCGAAGAACUUGGGCUACCAACCGUACAUGGACAAGUGGAUACGAGUCAAGAACAAAGUCGAUCAAGAUUUUCUUCGCGGAAUGUGCGAGAAGUACGUGCACGGCUCACUUAAGCUCAUUACCGAAGGAACGUUCGGCCUUCAGGCAGUCGAGCCGCUUCGAUUGAUUAUACCGCAAACUGAACUCAAUAUGGUAACUCAAUUCUGCUACAUGUUCGACGGUCUAUUGUCAUGGUUAGAAGAUGAAUCGAAUAAGAAAUCUGCAGAAGUCAAUCAAGGAGAAGAAAACAAUUUGUUGAAGCCAACAAUGACGAAAGAAGAACUCUGGGAAGCGAUGUACAUUCAAACGUGCUAUUGGUCCUUUGGCGCGUCUAUCGUGAAUGACGCCCGUCCCAAAUUUGACGAGUACAUAAAAAAGAUAUGUGGACUUAAGCAAAUGCAAGAUACACCCACCAAGCGGGCAACUAUUAAACAUAUACCCGUAUCGUUCGCAACCAUGUACGAUUAUGUACUGGAUGUUAAGAAAAAAGUUUGGAUGGCGUGGCAAUGGCUGGUACCGGUAUACGUUCACGAUAGACAGAAAAGCUUCUCAGACAUCCUAGUACAAACGAUCGACACCCUACGAACCACAUGGUUCGUGAAUCUAAUGAACAAUCUGCAAAGACCGGUAUUAUUGGUCGGAGAAACUGGCACGUCAAAGACGGCAAUUAUUCAAGAAUUUCUAAGAAACUUGAAUCCUGAAAAAUAUGAACAACUUCUAAUGAAUUUCUCCUCGAGAACCACCUCGAUGGACGUGCAAAGAAAUAUCGAAUCGGCAGUGGAUAAAAGGACGAGGGAAAUAUUUGGACCACCACCAGGGAAAAAAUUAAUAAUCUUCAUCGACGAUAUGAACAUGCCAAUUGUCGACACUUACGGAACUCAACAACCCAUCGCGCUGCUUAAACUGCUAUUCCAAAGAGGCGGCUUUUAUGAUCGCGAACGCGAUCUAAAUUGGAAGUAUAUGAAAGACAUUUAUUAUUUAGCAGCCAUGGGAGAACCCGGUGGCGGCAGAAACGAAGUUGACCCGCGAUUUAUCUCAAUGUUCUCAGUUUACAACGUGACCUUCCCGUCGAGCGAGACUCUCAAUUACAUUUACACAAGCAUCCUGUCGGGCCAUUUGCAAACAUUUUCCGAGGAAGUUCAAUCUAUUGCGAGCGGACUCGUUCAACUGACGUUGGAACUUUACGAGACAGUCAGGAAAGAGUUGCUGCCGACACCGUCCAAAUUUCACUAUAUCUUUAACAUGCGAGAUCUUUCAAGGAUCAUGGCUGGACUCCUGCAGAGUCAUCCUAAUUCCUUUUCAGGCGUAAAACAUUUCGUUAAACUUUGGAGAAAUGAAGUCACCAGAAUCAUAUGCGAUCGUCUCAUUAGCACACAAGACGAGAAUUUAGUCAUUAAUCAGAUGAAAGAGAAGAUACAGACUUAUUGGAAGGCAGAUCCUGAAGUGAUUUCGUAUAGCUUGAAAGACCCGAUGCUCUACGGUGAUUUCAGAAAUGCUUUCAGUGAAGAUGAGCCCAGAUUUUAUGAGGAUUUGCUAGAUUACGAAGCGGUUUACAGCUUAUUCCUCGAGAUUUUCGAAGAAUAUAAUGAAAGAACUAUGACCAAGCUGCACAUGGUUCUCUUCAACGACAUGCUCGAGCACCUCACCAGAGUGCAUCGUGCACUUCGGAUGGACCGCGGCAAUGUGCUGGUCGUCGGUACAGGUGGCAGCGGUAAGAAGUCGGCGAUAAAAUUAGCGUCCUUCGCCGCCGACUACCGGCUUUUCCAAAUCGUCCUGAGUCGUGGAUACAACGAGGCGUCCUUCCGCGAGGACAUAAAGAGCCUAUACAAUAUGGUCGGCGUGGAGAAUAAAAAAGUUGUAUUCAUGUUUACGUCUGCCGAUGUUAAGAAAGAGAGCUUCCUCGAGCUGGUGAACAAUAUGCUGAUGGCAGGCUUUGUGCCAGCUCUUUUCAACGAUGAAGAAAAAGAUGCGAUUGUCAAUUCCUGCAGAGAUACGGCGGUUAAAGCAGGCUUCGAUAUGGCAAAAAAAAGUGUCUGGUCGUACUUCGCUAAGACAUGCACCGCAAAUUUGCGGAUAGCGUUGGCGAUGAGUCCGUCGGGCGAUGCUUUGCGGACGCGAUGUCGUAAUUAUCCGGGCCUGAUUAACAAUACUACCAUAGAUUGGAUGUUUCCGUGGCCGCAGCAAGCUUUGAUGGCUGUGGCAAACGUCCAUAUCAGAAAUAAUCCGAUCGUGCCGCAGGAAUACAUGGAGGAGAUCGUGAAUCACAUGGUGUACGUACAUACGUCUGUGUUGAAAUACACGGCAGACUUUGCGACAAAGCUGAGGAGACGAAAUUACGUCACGCCAAGGCAUUUCUUGGACUUUAUCAACACUUACUUGAAACUAUUAACAGAAAAGAGGAACUUCAUAAAUUCACGUUGCGAGCGUCUUCUCGGAGGAUUGCAGAAGAUCGCGGAUGCUUCGGUGACUUUAAAAGAACUAAAUGAAAUCCUUGCUGAGCAAAAAAUCAAAGUGGCUAACCAGACACAAAACUGCGAACAACUGCUCGCAUCAAUCGGCGAGAGCACAAAUAUCGCGAUGGAAAAGAAAAAUAUAAGAGAAGAAAAGAGGAAGGAAAUUGAGGACAAGAAAAAAAUGAUCGCCAAGGAAGAAGCGGAAGCGAGGCAAGUACUAGCGGAUGCUCAACCAGCCCUCGACGCAGCCAGACACCAACUGAACGAACUCGAGAAAGCAGAUAUUACCGAGAUAAGGUCCUUCGUUACUCCACCCGAACCGGUGCAGGUUGUGUCAGAAUGCGUCGCAAUGCUGCGAGGCGUCAAAGACGUAUCCUGGAAAGGAGCGAAAGGGAUGAUGAGCGACCCGGCAUUCCUGAGAAACUUGCAGGAGAUGAACUGUGACCUAAUCACUCUAAAGCAGCAGCAAACGGUGCGGGCACAUUUGAGAAAGACGGAUAAGCUGGAUCAAAUGCAAGUUAUCAGCAAAGCGGGAUACGGCUUGUACAAAUUCGUCAUCGCCGUUCUGGAUUAUUGCACCGUUUUUAGAGAGGUGAAGCCAAAAAUGGAAAGAGUCCACACGCUCGAAGUGGAAUCCGAGAAAGCCCGCCGCGCCUUGCAGAAAGAGGAAUACGAAUUGAAGCAAUUAGAAAAAACAAUCAACGAGUUAAAUGAGAAUUAUAAUGUCGCGAUGACCGAGCGACAGAAGCUUCAGGAUGAAACAGAUUUGUUGCAGCGACGUCUUUUAGCUGCCGAUAAGCUCAUUUCUGGAUUGUCCUCCGAGAACGAACGCUGGCGGAAGGAUCUGGCAGCUCUGCACGACGACUUGGAAAAGAUUACAGGAAAUUGCUUGUUUGGAGCGGCGUUCCUCGCUUACAGCGGCCCGUUCUCUUACGAGUUCAGAAACGAAAUGUACAACGACUGGCAGAAAAGUAUUCUGGAGAAGGACCUGCCAUUGUCACAGCCUUUCAAGCUCGAAACGCAAUUGAGCAACGAUGUCGAAAUCAGCACAUGGAACUCGGAAGGACUUCCGCCGGACGAGUUUUCCGUGCAAAAUGGCAUAUUGACUAUCAAAGCGUCCAGAUUUCCGCUUUGCAUCGAUCCUCAACAACAAGCGUUGAAUUGGAUCAAGAAAAAGGAGCAAAAGAAAAACCUGAAGAUUCUCUCCUUUACGGACGCGGAUUUCUUGAAGCAAGUGGAAUUGGCGAUCAAGUACGGUUUACCGAUUCUCUUUCAAGAUGUCGACGAGGUCGAUCCUAUAUUGGAUAAUGUUUUAUCAAGAAACAUUCAGACUGUUGCGGGAAGAACUUUCGUCGUUCUUGGUGACAAGCAAGUAGAUUAUGAUCCACGCUUCCGCAUAUAUCUGACGACAAAAAUGUCCAAUCCGAUUUUAGACGCUGCCGUGUACGCCAAAGCGAUUGUUAUUAAUUACAUGGUUACGACAGUAGGCUUGGAAAAUCAACUUUUAUCGGUAGUAGUGAGAACCGAGCGACCAGACAUCGAGGAACAGCGAGAGACGCUGAUUCUAGAGAUCAGCGAGAACAAGAACCUGCUGAAGCAGCUGGAGGAUAGUCUUCUGCGCGAGAUCGCGACAGACAAAGGCAACAUGCUCGACAACAUUGAUCUGAUUGAGACUCUGGAAAAUACCAAGGCCAGUGCCAACGAGGUGAUGACUAAACUGUUCCUCGCCGAAGUCACCUCGGCCGACAUAAACAAGCUACGCGAAGGCUACCGUCCGGUGGCGAAGCGAGGCGCUAUUUUGUUCUCCGUACUGGCCGAUAUGGCUGCCGUGAACUCCAUGUAUCAAUAUUCAUUGAUCAGCUAUGUGAAAGUAUUCGUACACUCGCUAAAGAGAUCGCUGCCGGAUGCGGUGUUAGCUCAACGACUACAAAACAUUAUACCGACGCUGACGAAGAACGUUUACGAUUAUGGCUGUACUGGCAUCUUCGAGCGACACAAGUUACUCUUUUCCUUGCAAAUUUGCGUGAAGAUAGAACAAAGCGUGAACAUUGUAGGCCAAAAACAACUGGACUUUUUUAUUAAGGGCAGCAUGGCUUUAGAGAAAUCAACCAAAUCAAAUCCUACUAAGUGGCUGCCGUUAACGAGUUGGGAGGAUGUUCUUAAACUAGCGAACGACUUCUCAGACAAGUUCGAACAACUUCCAGAACAGCUAUGUGACUACGAAGACGAUUGGAAGAAGUGGUACGACUCGGAUACGCCCGAGACGGAGGAACUUCCGUGCGACUAUAGCGCGCGAUUGACGUCCUUUGAGAGGCUGAUGCUUCUACGCUGCUUCCGCGUAGAUCGCGUCUACUGCGGCAUCAUUAAUUACAUCAUCGAAAUCAUGGGCGAGCAAUACAUCACGCCGCCUCAUGUGAGCUUCGACAGGAUUUUCGAAGAAAGCACUCCUACUAUGCCUGUGGUCUUUGUCUUGAGCCCAGGCUCGGAUCCUACUUCGGAACUGAUGAAAUUAGCCGAUCGAUACGGUUGCGGCGGAGGAAAGUUUAGACACCUCUCGCUCGGUCAAAAUCAAGACAAAAUCGCGCUGAAUUUGUUGGAGACAGCGAUAGUGAGAGGACAAUGGCUAAUGCUUCAGAAUUGCCAUCUAUUGUUAUCUUUCACGAAGAACUUGGAAAAGAUUGUGGAGAAUAUAGAAAAACCUCAUCCCAACUUUCGCUUGUGGCUCACCACGGAGCCCACUCCUGAAUUUCCUAUCGGAAUACUCCAGCAAUCUCUGAAAGUUGUCACGGAGCCACCGAGCGGACUGAAACUGAAUUUGCAAAACACAUAUAUCAACAUGCGGCCGCAGCUCUUGGAAAGUUGCCCCCAUCCACUUUACAAGCACUUAAUUUACGUCCUGGCGUUUUAUCACGCGGUUAUCCAAGAGAGAAGAAAGUACGGCAAAAUUGGAUGGAAUAUAGUAUACGAUUUCAACGAGUCAGAUUUUAACGUGUGUAUUAAUAUCCUGGACACCUACUUGACAAAAGCAAUAGCAACGAAAGAGUCUGCAGUACCGUGGAACAGCCUCAAAUAUUUAAUUGGUGAAGUAAUGUACGGCGGAAGAGUGAUAGAUAGCUACGAUCGCCGCGUUUCCUACACUUACAUGGACGAAUAUUUCGGCGAUUUUCUAUUUGAUGAGUACCAACCGUUUCACUUUUACAAAGACGAUACCGUCGACUAUGUGAUACCGCCGAAAGGAGAUCGUGACAAUUAUUUGCAAUUCAUCGAGGAACUUCCGUUGGUGAACACCCCGGAGGUAUUUGGCCUACAUCCAAACGCCGAGAUUGGAUAUUUCACAGAAGCGGUUAAGAGAAUGUGGAGGCAUCUCGUAGAGCUUCAGCCACAAACCGCGGUGAGCGUUACUGGCGUGAGCAAGGACGAAAUCAUCGCUAACGUAGCGAAAGAAAUUCUGACCAAGAUACCUACACCAUACGAUAUUAAUAAAGUGAAGAGAAAUUUUGGCGUGGCCGUGACACCCACUGCGAUCGUCUUAUUUCAAGAAUUGGAGAGGUUCAAUAAAUUGAUAGAAACAAUGACGAGGACAUUGAAUCAGCUGAAAAAGGCCAUAGCCGGCGAAAUUGGAAUGGAUGUAGUGCUGGAGAAUAUAUCUGUGGCGCUUUAUAACGGUGCCCUGCCCAAAGAAUGGGCUAAAUUGGCGCCAGACACGCGAAAAAGCCUCGCCGGCUGGAUGAGCCAUUUUCAAAAGAGGAUAGACCAAUAUACUAAUUGGUCCGGCGCGAAUGAACCCGUGGUUCUUUGGAUGUCCGGAUUACACGUGCCGGAAACUUAUCUGGCAGCUCUGAUACAAAUGACUUGCCGUAAAAAGAAUUGGCCGCUCGAUCGCUCCAUUAUUUAUACGACGGUAUCGAAGUUCUCCAAGCCUGACGACGUAGAGGAAAGACCCGACGAGGGCUGCUACGUGUAUGGCUUGUAUUUGGAAGGCGCCAGAUGGGACGUCGACGAGCAUUGUUUGAAAAGGUCACAUCCGAAAGUCCUCAUGGAGGAGCUGCCGAUAUUGACAGUCAUUCCUACUGAGGCUCAUAGACAAAAGUUGCAGAACACGUGCAAAACUCCAGUAUAUACUACGUCGAGUCGGCGAAAUGCGCUUGGUGUCGGUUUAGUAUUCGAGGCGGAUUUAGCGACGCCGGAGCAUAUUUCGCAUUGGACACUUCAAGGCGUUUGUCUAGUGUUAAAUACGGAUUAAAAAUUCUCGAGAUCAACCGCUAUAUUCUUCAAUUUAUUUCAUGUAUUUCAUUAAUGUUGUAAUCAAUUGAUAUACUAGUCGUAGAAUAGAUACGAAACUAUUGAACCAUUCUCAAUAGUCAUAUUUUUAAUUACACAUUUAUGUAUAAUUCUAUGAUUU